AGCAAAGUUGGCAAAGCCGCUUUUGCCAACAGCCAUCUUGCUUCGUUUGCCUGCGUCCGCCACAACCGUUUGUGUGGACAUUGCAAGCAGCCGCAUUUCCACACCACUGGAUUCGAACGCAAGACGAAGACAAAAGCAGGAGAAGCAGAGGGAACAAGGAACACACUACGUGAAGCGCGCAGCAAGAAGAACAAGAAGAAGACAACAACGAUGAUGAUGAUGUCGACACGCCGCAUCGUGAGCAGUGCUCGCACUGCCGUGCCUGCUAUUCGCCAGCAGGCUCGUGCCAUGUCCUCACCGACAGACCCGGAGCCCAACACGGAGGCUUCCCUCAAGUUCAUCCACCGUGAGGACACCUACGGCGCCCACAACUACCACCCUCUCCCAGUUGUCCUUGCCCGCGGCUCUGGCGUGUUUGUGUGGGACGUCGACGGCAAGCGCUACUAUGAUUUCCUCAGCGCCUACUCUGCCGUCAACCAGGGCCACUGCCACCCCAAGAUCGUCAAGGCCCUCAUCGACCAGGCCGAGAACAUGACGCUGACGUCCCGCGCCUUCUACAACAACAAGCUGGGCGAGUUUGAGCAGUUUAUGACGCAGCUCUUUGGCUACGACAAGUUCCUCCCCAUGAACACCGGUGUUGAGGCGUGGGAGACGGGUGUGAAGCUUGCUCGCCGCUGGGGCUACGACGUCAAGGGCAUCCCAGAGAACCAGGCAAAGGUUGUGUUUGCCGAGAACAACUUCCACGGCCGCACGCUCGCCGCCAUCUCCGCCUCCACCGAUCCAGAGAGCUACGGCGGGUUUGGCCCGUUUAUGCCAGGGUUCAUCAAGGUUCCAUUUGGUGAUCUCAAGGCGCUUGAGGAGGCUGUCAAGGACCCAACCGUCGCCGCGUACAAGUGCGAGCCCAUCCAGGGCGAGGCCGGUGUCAUCGUCCCCGAUGAGGGCUACCUGCGGGAGGCGCAGCGCAUCUGCCACGAGAACAACUGCCUCUUCAUGGCCGACGAGGUCCAGACAGGCUGCGCACGCACGGGCAAGCUCCUCGCCUGCGACUACGAGGAGGUGAAGCCCGAUGUUGUUGUGCUCGGCAAGGCGCUCUCUGGCGGCGUGUUGCCCGUCUCUGGCGUGCUCGCCAACGACGAGGUCAUGCUCACCAUCAAGCCCGGACAGCACGGCUCCACUUUUGGCGGCAACCCGCUGUCCUGCGCUGUGGGCAUGGCGGCCAUGAAGGUUCUUGUUGAGGAGAACCUCGCCGAGAACGCAAACAGGAUGGGCAAGAUCCUUCGCGACCGGCUGACGGCGCUUGACUCGCCGCUCAUCACUACCGUGCGCGGCAAGGGCCUCCUCAACGCCAUUGUCAUCAAGCCCCACAAGGGCAAGACUGCUUGGGAUGUGUGCAUGAAGCUGCGUGACAACGGGCUGCUCGCCAAGCCAACGCACGACGACAUCAUCCGCUUUGCACCCCCACUCGUCAUCAACAAGGACCAGAUUGAGGAGUGCGCAGACAUCAUUGCCAACACCAUCAAGGCCUUUGAGUGAUCACACACCGGGCGUGAGCGAGCGGGCAUUGUCGCCCUUCCACCUCGCUGCAAGCCAACUGCACUUUGCUUCAUGGAGUGAUCCGCGCGCGCGUGUGUGAUGUGUGAUGUGUGAUGUGUGUGUGUGUGUGUGAUGUGUGAUGUGUGAUGUGUCUGUGCGUGUAAUGUGUGUUGACUGGUGUGACGGACUCUCUCCCCGCAUCUCUGUGUUCGUGGUGUUGUGUCGCCUGUGUUUUCUGUUGCAACCACCAACCAAUACACAACACGUUUUUUGAACUUGGCGGCGUGCAUAUUCUAUGAAAAUAUCAACAAAUUGUCCACAACCAACUUCCCGC